AUGUCGUCCAUCUCCAUCGCGACUCUUCCCCGCAUGAGCCGGGACGCUCUUUCAGCCCUUCUACUCUCCGCCAGUUCCCCCAGUAAACUCGCAAUCAUUGACGUGCGAGACUCCGACCACAUCGGCGGGCACAUCCACUCCUCUACCUGGAUUCCCAGCUCGUCUCUCGACCACCGCAUGCCCGAACUCGUCCGCAAGCUGGCGGACAAGGAGAAGGUCGUCUUCCACUGCGCUCUCAGCCAGCAGCGCGGGCCGUCGGCUGCUCUGCGCUACGCCCGGGAGCGGGAGAGCACCCUCGGCGCGGAGGAGAGCAAGAAGCAGGAUGUGUAUGUUCUGGAGGGAGGGUUCGUGCAGUGGCAGGAGAAGUAUGGCAAGGAUACGCGAUUGACGGAGGCUUAUGUGGAGGAUAUUUGGCAGGAGUACUGA